AACGACAUCAAAUCAUCAUCCUAAGAAGUGAGGACAACCCGACUUUCCUUCCUCUCAAGUCUCCCCCUACUCCUCCUCCAGAUCUUCAAGACCAUCCCUCAUACCCAAUCGUCGCCAUCAUGAACCGCCCCUCGCGCAACGACGACACCGAGGACCACCCAGACUGGAACCAGAGCCCACACGCUUUGAGUGCGGACUUGACCACAAGGGCCGACCUCAAUGGCAUCGUCAAUCUGAGGGAACAACGCGAGAACGACUCAAGUCUGGACAACAGCGAGCAAGAGCAAAUCAAUAUACGACCUCUCGACACGCCAGAACCUCCGUCGUCUUCAAACAAAACCCCCAGCUCCGUCAAGGUUGAUUCAAGAACCCAUGAUCAUCAGCACUCGUCUGAUCCAGGUAUCUCGGCUGUUCAACAACCCACUACUACCUUUUCACGAUUCAGGAAAUUACGAAACCCCAAAAGCGUUUGGACCAAGCUCGUCGCCGUUCUCCAAAAGUAUGUCAAAUUCAUCGGGCCUGGCUUCAUGAUUGCGGUCGCCUACAUCGAUCCUGGAAACUAUGCCACUGAUGUCGAAGCCGGCGCGUCGACACGAUACCGCCAUCUGUUCAUCAUCUUACUGUCCAAUCUAUUCGCCAUCUUCUUGCAGUCUCUGUGUAUCAAACUCGGGAGCGUCACCGGCCUAGAUCUGGCCGAAAACUGUCGCAAGCAUCUGCCCAGGUGGCUCAAUCUGAUCUUGUAUCUUCUCGCGGAGUCGGCUAUUAUAGCUACCGAUAUUGCAGAGGUCAUUGGUUCAGCCAUAGCACUGAAUCUACUUCUUCACAUCCCACUGAUUGCAGGGUGCGCCAUUACCCUUGUCGACGUCUUGCUUCUGCUGCUCUUUUACAAGCCUGAUGGCUCCAUGACACGGCUACGUAUCUUUGAAUACUUCGUCAUGAGCCUGGUGUUGGGGGUUAUGGUUUGCUUUUGCAUACAAUUGUCCUAUAUCAGAGACACUUCGGCUGGGGAUGUCUUUAAAGGCUAUUUGCCCUCGGCAGCGGUUGUGCAAGGCAAUGGUAUCUAUCUGUCCUGCGGCAUCAUGGGUGCCACGGUCAUGCCUCAUUCAAUCUUCCUUGGUUCGGGCGUGGUUCAGCCUCGCUUGAAGCAAUUCGAUGAGCGAAAUGGUCACAUUGCCAUGGGCGACACGUCAGAUGACGAGGAAGAAAAGUAUCGUCCAUCUAUCUACGCAAUCCGGGGUUGUCUCAAAUACUCGAUCGUAGAGCUGGCCACUUCGCUCUUCACUUUUGCUCUGUUUGUCAACUCCGCCAUCCUCAUCGUAUCCGGGGCCUCUUUAUAUCCUCAAACAGAAGCCACCAAAGCCGAUCUCUUUGGCAUUCAUGACCUUCUCAGCAAGAACUUGUCAAAGGCUGCUGGAACGAUUUUUGCUCUCGCGCUGCUACUCUCCGGCACUUCUGCUGGAAUAGUAUGCACCAUGGCCGGGCAAAUGGUGUCCGAAGGGAUGCUUCACUGGACGAUCAAGCCUUGGAUGCGAAGGCUGAUCACUCGAUCAAUCAGCAUUAUCCCGAGUAUCAUCAUCGCUGCUGCUGUAGGGAAAGAGGGCCUGAACCAGGCUCUGACCGCCAGCCAAGUUUGCCUCAGCGUCAUUUUGCCCUUUGUGACCGCUCCGCUGGUAUGGUUCACUUGUCGAAGUCAUAUCAUGACGGUACCGGACGAGACUGGUGUUCGCGGCGGAGCGGCCUUCAACAUGCGGAACGGUUGGGUGGUGACGGCACUUGCCGUGAUCAUUUGGCUGGUGCUGGUGGUCAUGAACGUUGCCUUGCUGGUCCUUGUCGGCCUUGGAAAGGCUUGAGUCAAUAUUUGUGCUGUAUUGCUUCCAACACAAGCUUUCUGGGCCAGAAUGACACAGCAGAUGAGAUUUCUAUCCAUCUGACUCGCGCUAAGCAGCUGACGCCGUGCGGGAAUCCUUGAUUUUUGGCGCUAUGGUUGAUGUCAGGUGAACUUGCCUCGACAUGUCGCAGCAGCACAGGCUUGUAUCAUGCUCUCCCUGUGGCUAGGUUGUAUAGGAGUCCUGGUGGCGCAAAGGUGCUUCGGUUUAUUGCAGCAUAUUGGAGGACAUAUUCCGCACAAUAUAUGCCUGAAAACAUAGAUAGCCUCAGAGUAUUCCAUUAGGGCGAGGAGUUUGGAGGAGAAUUGGACGUAUCGACACUCGCGACUAGUUUCUUCCUAGCUUCU